AUUAUUCGGUGUUACAAUUUUUUCUCAGAAAUUCAAAGUGAGACUCGUGUUAUAUUUUAAUUGAAUGCAUGAACCACAUGCACAUGAUCAUGACCACAGAAUUGGCUCAUCCAUAGGCCCCAGCUAGACCAUGUUUGUUGUAUCCAUAUACAUCAAUCAGAAAAAUGUCUUAUUCAACAGAACAAAAACGUUUAAUAAGAUAAGGAUAAAUCAACAUUUUUUUGUGCAGUGUUGUUCUUAUAUUUCCUCCAACAACAUUUUUGUUUGUAUAAAUAAACCAUUCUGCAGAAGCAGCAGAAGCAGAGAGAAAUGGAGGACACAGAAAAGCUCAAAAAGUCCAAGGUUAUCAGAAUAGACUCUCAAAAAUCAUGGGAACACUACAUCUCUCAUGUCACCGAUCAAAAAUACCCUGUUGUGGUUCAUUUCUCUGCUUUCUGGUGUGUGCCUUCUAUAGUAAUGAAUCCUGUUUUUGAAGAACUGGCCUCCAAUUACCAAGAUGUUCUGUUUCUGACAUUGGAUGUGGAUGAAGUUAAGGAAAUUGCCUCCAAGAUGGAGAUCAAAGCCAUGCCCACUUUUGUGUUGCUGAAUGGAGGAACUCCUGUGGGGAAAAUUGUUGGUGCAAAUCCCGAUGAAAUAAGGAAAAGGAUUGAUGAUUUUGUUCAGUCAAGUCUCUCCUACAAAUCUGAGUGAACAAGGCACAUGGUGAACAAUGUUCAUUGUCCUAUGAAUCAUUUUUAUGUAUGGUUUUAUAUUCUAAGUAAAUGAUAAAGGUUGUUCUUUGCAUGUUUGUACAUGUUUGGUGAGCCAUGGAAAGUCAGUGGAGUGUGAAUGUUAUUUUAGUAUGUAUUGAAAUUUCAUCAUGUUCACAUCAUUCUCUUAUAAUAUUCUUUCUUGUCCUAACA